AUGUCUGCACAUAGCCACAUGUCGUUUCUGUGCAACAUGGACCGUAUACCUGUGCCUCAAGACUUCUGCUGCAGCAUUACAGGCGAUGUCAUGAUGGAUCCAGUGUGUACAGUCGAUGGACACACUUACGAGCGUGCAGCCAUCAGACAGUGGUUUAGCCUGGGGAAUCGCAGCUCACCCAAGACCAACGCAGUCUUGCCCUCCAUAGAGCUCACACCCAACCAUGCGCUUCGCUGCGCCAUUGAAGCUUAUCUCAAAGAGCGCCCCGAGAUCGAGCGGCAGCAACAAGACAUCGAAUAUGCCUGCGAAAUUACUGAAGAUGAGGUAGCCCUCAAAUUGAGCAUGAAAGAGGCCGAGAUAGAAGCCCUCAUGAGCGAGGUUGAUGGUCAGAGGGAUCACGAAGAGGGAUGGAGCGCUGAGCGCUUUCCCGAGUGCUUCGAGGAUAUGCGCUUGUCAGAAAAUUUACUGCGAGGUGUCUAUUCCAUUGGCCUUGAGCGCCCAUCCAAAAUUCAGCGGCAAGCAGUUCCUCCUAUGAUAGCAGGGCGCGACAUCAUUGCUCGGGCCAUGUAUGGCUGGGGCAACACCACAGCCUUCGUGGUGGGAGCUCUCCAAAGCAUUAACAUUACGCUUCGGCAAUGUCAGGCCGUCAUCUUGGUUCGCACAAAUGAGGUGGCCAGGAAAGUUUAUUUGAAGUGUUUAAGCCUCGGCCAGAACAUGGACGUUGCAGACGUCAUGGAUAUGGGGCAGCUCGUGGUUGCUACACUCCAGGAAUGCAGGAAGCUCAUUGACAGAGGCGAUUUGCAGUUGGAUGCCUGCCGGCUUUUAGUAAUGGACGAAGUGGAUUUGAUGCUGCAAUCCACAGAGCAGGAGACCUACUACGUAAUGAAGCACUUUCCACGUUUUACACAGCUGGCACUCUUCCUGGAUGCAGGAAAGGACAGGUUGCCUGCGGCAGUCAGGAAGUUCAGAGACAAGAUGAUGCGUAGACCCCUGGAGCUGGACAUGCAAAAAGAUUCCAUUCCUGCCUAUCAUUUCUGUGUUGACAUCAACGAAGGGGAUAAGCUGGAUUGGUUCUGCGACUUCUAUGAGAACAACGAGGUCUCGCAGUUUGUUUUUUUCUGCAACACUGCCCGUAAAGUCCGCUGGUUGCGCGACCAGCUCGUGGAGGAAGGCUUCUCAGUUUCCAUGUUAUAUGGGCAGCUGGAUUUCUCACAGCGUGAGAAGACUUUGGAGGAUUUCUGCUGUGGUCAUACCAGGGUGCUGGUAACAACUGACAACAUAGCAAAGCGGGGCUAUGACUUUCCACAUGUGCGCGUCGUCAUCAACUUCGACGUCGCGGACAGUGGCGAAAUUUACCAGCACCGCGCUCGCGGCCUGCAUUACUUCAGUGGCAGGGGUGUGGUGAUCAGUUUGGUCACGCCAUGCGAGGAAGCAGGAAUCAAGAAGAUAGAGGACAGCUGUCAAGUUUGUAUGGAGACGUUACCAACGUUGCCGAUGUACGUGUCAAACUUGCUUACCUAG